AUCAUCUGCUGCUCCACAUGUGUGUGAUGAAACCCUAUGAAUAAUGGAGUCGGAUUCAGCUCUCCACUCCUUGACUGAUAUGUAAACCACCAAAACGCACCAGUGGCAACAACUAUGGCUUUUAGAUUCUCUCUCAUACUUCAUUUUCUUCUCCUUACCUUCAUCGUUUUCAUACAAGCUCAAAAUGUCGAUGAAAGAGACCCAACAAUCAAAACCAUGGAGGAACACUCUGGAUACCCACUUCAUGAAAUUCUCUCCAUCUCCUCAUUCUCGGUGGAUUCUCUAAAUCUUCAGAAACAGAUUGAUGAAUUGUCAAGUUUCUCGGAUUCACCAGCCCCUUCGGUAACAAGGAUCUUGUACAGCGAAAAUGAUGUACUGGCUAGAAGGUUCAUCAAAAACUUGAUGGCACAUGCUGGCCUCUCUGUCAGGGAGGAUGCUGUGGGCAACAUAUUUGGUCGGUGGAAAGGCAGUGAACCAGAUCUAUCUGUUGUUUCAACAGGCUCUCACAUUGAUGCUAUUCCAUACUCAGGGAAAUAUGAUGGGGUAAUUGGUGUAUUGGGUGCAAUUGAAGCCAUAAAUGUACUAAAGAGAUAUGGAUUUAAGCCCAAAAGGUCGUUGGAGGUAAUCAUGUUUACCUCAGAAGAGCCUACAAGAUAUGGAAUCAGCUGUUUGGGAAGCCGAUUAUUGGCUGGGAGUGUCUCGCUUGCUGGAGCUCUUAAGCAGACGGUAGAUAAUCACAAUAUUUCAUUCCUGGAUGCUGCAAAAUCUGCUGGUUAUGCAAAAAACGAGGACUUCUCCAAUGUGUUUUUGGAUGACCGAAUCUAUUCAGCUUUUGUAGAGCUGCACAUAGAACAAGGUCCUAUUUUGGAAAAUGAAGGUUGCAUGCUUUUCUAUAGCUUUACCUUGCCCUUUUUUACGCUUCAUAUAUAUAAAUGUCAAUUUACUUUGUCUUUGGAAGGUGUUUCUAUUGGUAUCGUUACUGCUAUUGCUGCACCGGCAAGCAUCAAAGUUGAGUUUGGAGGAAGUGGAGGCCAUGCCGGAGCUGUUUUAAUGCCACAAAGAAAUGAUGCAGGACUGGCUGCUGCAGAGUUGGCGUUAGCUGUGGAAAAGCAUGUCUUGGAGUCUCGAUCCAUAGACACUGUUGGGACAGUUGGUAUCCUGGAGCUGCAUCCUGGAGCAAUCAACAGCAUUCCUAGCAAGUCACAUGUGGAAAUAGAUACACGAGACAUUGAUGAAAAACGAAGAAACAAUGUGAUUGAAAAGAUCCAUGAAUCUGCUGUGGAGAUAUCGAAAAGGAGAGGAGUUGAGGUUUUGGAGUUUAAAAUUGUAAACCAGGAUCCGCCUGCCUGCUCUGAUGACUCCAUCAUCAAAGCAAUGGAAUCAGCAACCCAAGUACUGAAUUUGAGUUACAAGAAGAUGAUCAGUAGAGCUUAUCAUGAUUCACUCUUUAUGGCCAGAAAAGCACCUAUGGGAAUGAUCUUCAUUCCAUGUUAUAAAGGGUACAGCCAUAAACCUGAGGAAUAUGCAGCUCCUGAAGAUAUAGCAAAUGGGGUGAAGGUAUUGGCGUUAACCCUCGCCAAUUUGUCUAAUGUUAAUGUAUCAUCUCAAGCUGCAUUUAGUUCCUAGAUUUUAGCCACAUAACCUCACCGUUGGCUGUAUAUUGAAACAUCGUUUUAUGUUUACCCUUCUAAAAAGAAGAUACAAAACAAUUUGAUAAAAAAAAUUAGAGUAACUUACAUUUUUCGUCCGUAUGGUUCGUUAAAAAUUGCGAUUUUCAUCCCUGUGGUUUAGAGAUUAUGGUUUUCGUCCCUGUGAUUUGUAAUUUAUUGUUGUUUUCGUUCCUGAACUAAUUCUUACUUUUUGAAGUACACGGGAUCAAAAUAGUAAAGAAUUAUAAACUACAAGGACUGAAACGACAAUAAAUUAUAAGGAUGAAAAUAGCAAUGGCUUACAAAUUAUAAGGACAAAAACCGCAAUAUCUAAACCAUAAGGAGAAAAAUUAGAAUUUUUAACAAACCAUAGGGAUGAAA